GGCCCUGACGGGGCCGGCUCGGCCGCCCAUCUCCCCGCUCCACUCUUUCCUCUCCGGGCUCUGGCUCCGAGACCUUUGGCACCUUUUCCGCUCCCCUGGAAGACGGGAAGCCCCCCCGCGUCUGGGUUCCCGGGCUCCCGGGCUCCUACUCCGUGCAGCCCUGGACUGGGUCUCUUGGUCCACGAGGGGGCACCCGCCUCCCACACUGGGCGUCCCUACCCUGAAAAAGGGUCCAGAGGUGGACUCCGAUUCCUCAGGGGCGGGAGACCCCCAGAGGGAGAAGCCUGGGUCUUUCUUGGGCGUGGAUCUGAGGUGGUCUGAGGGGUGGGUGGGGACAGGACCCCCCCCUUCCCAGGGGAGCCCCCACCCACCUUCCUCCUCCUGUCUCUCUGAACAGGGCACGUUCACGCAGCUGGUGGCCGAAAGCGUUGUGCUGACCGACGGGCCCCUGAGCUGGCACAGCAACCCGGGCCUGGCAGGCGUGUUCCUGGCGCCGGGCCUGAGCUACGACAGGGAAGCCCAGGAGCUGCUGGUGGCCGAGGCGGGCGUCUACUACGUUUUCUUGCAACUGGCGCUGCAGCGCGUGGUGGCCGGCCAGGGUUCGGGCCAGGUCUCGCUGGCCGUCCACCUGCAGCCGCUGCACGCCUCCGGGGCCGCCGCCCUGGCUUUGACUGUGGACCUGCCACCCCCGGCCCCGAAAGCCCCGAACUCGGCCUUCGGAUUCCGGGGCUGCUUGCUGCACCUGGAAGCCGGCCAGCGCGUAGGCGUCCACCUGCGCACCGUGACCGGGACACUGUCCACCUGGCAGUUCACCCAGGGCGCCACCCUCUUGGGCCUUUUCCGCUUGACCUCCGAAGUCCCAGCCGGACACCCCUCGCCGAGGCCCGUGUGA